UGCAGCGCUGAUCCAAAGGACUAUUUUUGCGUGCCGCAAAAGGAAAAUAAUUGAAAUGUCGAACUCAAAUGAACAAACCACAAAAGAAGACCAAAGGCCCAGCGAUCAAAACCCUAAUCAAUCCCAAGAAUGGGAGACCAUGGCCCGAGCUUGGCUCAGCGCAUUCCCCGAGGCCAAAGCCGUGAGCACCACCGAGGUCGAGGCUUGGAUCGACUCUAACCGUGGCUCUUUACCGGCCGACCUCCAGUCCAUGCCCCGAGCCGACCUCAUUGAUCGCCUCCUUGCAAUUCAAAAUUACAUGAGGUUGCCCAAUCAGGCAACAAAAAUGAUUCAGGUUGAUCUUCCACAUGUUCGAUUUCAACGGACGGAUCAAUGGCUACCUGUUUAUUCCUGGUUGGAAUCUUUAGAUAAAGAUGAAGUGGUCAAGUCUAAAGAUAUUUCUGACUGGUUAACUGAAAAUCCAGAGGUCAAAGAACAGCUAUGCUCCAAACAUGCUAGAUACCAUUUGAUGCACUACAUUAAGAAGUGUCAUAUGAAGAUACUAAAGAGGAGGGAAAGGAAGAAGGGAUUGCAGCAGACUGACAAAACAACCUCUCCAAAAGUUCACAAGAUUGUGGAUACUAAGGAACUAUCAUCUCUUCCGAGCAAUCUUUCGAACAAUAUACCUAAGGAUAGUGACUUGUACUUGGCCAAACGAAAUGAGGCGCUUCAAAAAUAUCAGAUAUGAAAUUUCAGUUUAUUGGAGUUGGAGAAGAAGCUUUCCCCGCACUUUUCAAAGCUACAGCCUGUGCAGAAAUGAAGCAAUGAUCAAUGGCAAUUUUCUGCCUACAUAGAUGUGAAGCAGCUCAGUUGGGGCAAAUGUUUCCUAUUUGUUUUUUCAUUUUUUAGCCCCAAAUUAUGAAUCUCUUUUUUUUUUAUUUAAUUUCUUCUUGUAAAUAACUAACCGAGGGUGCUUCUUCUGAAUGUACCACAAGUUUUUGAAAAGUUAAAUGUAUUUCUGGUUCCCUCAUCAGAUAUUUUGUUUAAGAAAUCUAUUUAUGUAAACCAGUAUGUAAAUAUAAACAGGACAGUUCUGGUUCA